UGGCGAUGAAAUAUGUUAUGUUCUAAAGUGUGAACCACUUUGGGAAGACUAUGUGAAAAUGACUAGAGAUGAAAUCAAUAUUGACAAAACGGUUAUCAAAGAAAUGUCAAAAUUAUGGGCAAAUUUUGCAAAAUAUGGCGAUCCCACGCCGGCAAGCUAUACAGGUAAUACUACAUGGCCGCCGUUGAAUUUAGAUGGUAGUAACGUUUUGCUAAUAAGAAAAAUAUUUGAUACAACUGAUUUCAGAGCAGAAACCCUCAUAUAUCGUUACUGGAAUCACAUAUAUGAUCGAUUUUACCAGGACCACCAUUGUAAAACUAAACAUGAUGAGCUGUAGUGUAAAGAUUAAUUUUAUAAUAACUUACCUUACAUUUACUCCGUCAAUUGCU